CCUUAUCGAGCUUUUUCGAAACCUCACCAACAGGGAAAAAAAAGUUUGUAUUGUAACACGUUUACUCCACCCUAUUUUUUUUCCUACAUAAAUAAUAUUCACGUUUUUCAUUUGCAGAGACUCCCCUAAUGCAGGCAUUCAUCUCAGAGAUAUCCGUAUGAAAGAAUGGAGAAUUCGGAUUACCCUAAACACGCAGCUGCUCCAAUAAUGGGAGCUCCCCCUAUUUAUGAAAACCAUGGCUAUGCAGCAACAGCAAUGCCAGUUCCGAACAUCUACAACCCUGCUGUUCAUACCACAGUGGUCACCAUAAGUCCCAGUGAAUCCUCUGUCAUACGAGAUCAUCUCCCAUGGUCCAUUUUCAACAUCUUGUACAUGAAUUUCUGCUGCCUGGGACUCUGCGCAGUUGUACAUUCAGUGAAGGUGAGGAGAGAAAUUUCUUCAAUCCAAGCAGAUACCUCCCAAUCUGUCCAUUAUCUUUCCUGAUAAAUGUUUCCAUACAAAAAGCUUCUACUCGCUCCUUCCAAAAAAUAGAAUUGUACAUCUUUCAUUUAAUUGUAGACAUUGUUUCAGAAGAGAUUGGAUUAGCUUGUAGAAUAUAUAUUUCUGUUACUUCCUCAAAGUAUGAAGAGAACAUCUGUUUGUAGAACACUUUACUUAACAAUAAAUAGUACUUCAUAUUUUAUUCUGUCUUUAUAAAAGAUUAUAACAGCUUUUUAGCAAUAAAUAGAAAUAAAAAUCUGUUUAUUUAAAAUCAAUUCAAAUUGUGUGAAUUUAAUAUGGAAGUAUUCCAGUGUAUCAAAUUGGUAUGUAGAAAUACGUGAGAUAAAUGGUAAACAGUUUUGCAAUUUUAAAAAAAUUGUAUACAAAAGUUUAUAAAUCACUGAAAACUCAGAUUGAUUUAAUAACAGUCCUUUGAAGUUAUUCAAUCAAUCCACAAUCCUGGCUUCAUCCCCUAAAGUUCCAGUAGAGUCCGGUUUGUAAAAUAAAAAGUGAAAUUGAAAUUUGGUUAAUUUCUGCAAAACAAUUCCUUUUAUUACAACAAACAUUUCAAAUGCCGUAAAUACAAUUUUUAGCGAUACACUAGAAAAAUAGAAUCAGAUUUAAAAUGGCUAAUGCUUUUGAAAUAGCGGCUGACUUAAAUGACUGCGGAUAUAAAAUGUCUGCGGAUUCUAGAAUCGUACCUGUCAGUAACCCAUCCUCUGUCUUCUAGCCAACGUGGAUUGUCCAUCUAGUCUUAUGUGGAAUUCUUAAACGGGAACGAUCAUCCAAGGAUUUUUUAAUACGAGGUUUACUUAUCCCUAUAUUUAACAAAUAUAUAUUUGUCAGCUGUGAAAAAGAACAUUAAAUGUCAAAAUUGACACCCCUUUACCCUGAAUUGGACACGUCCAUCUUAGAUGCCCGUCAAUCAUUAUUCAUAUCAUGUCUGUCCUCUGCAUGUGGCAGUCGGCAUAAAUAAACCAUGCAGACUGGAGUAGAAAUUAAACAGUUUUUCAGUUUCUCCUCCUCAUUAGCAAUGCUGUCAUUUGAUCAACUUGUAAUAAAAAUUAAAAGUAAAACCGAUCAUCUCAUAAAAAUAUUAACAAGUUAAAUGUGAUUUUCAAUAUUUAAUUCAAUGGGAAGAGACAGUUUCCCUUUAUUUCUACUUCAGAUAGCUAUAGAUUCUAAUAAACUGUUAUUGUAUAAGCCAAUAAUAAUAUUAAGUAUUAUACAAACAGUAUAUAAAAUAUACCAUAAGUAUAUGGUGCGUGAAUGUAAAUAUCAAAAUGUAUCAAAAUAAUCAAGGGAAUAGAAUAACAAUUUGGCUUAAAAAUGGAUAUAUUGACAAAAUGCUGAAUUUACUAAAGCAAAUUUGGCUGCUAUCAUUUGUUUUAAUUCCAUAGCACUCUGCUUAUAGACUUCAUUUAAAGGGACACUAUAGUCACCUAAACAACUUUAGCUUAAUGAAGCAGUUUUAGUGUAUAUAUCAUGUCCCUCAGGUUUCACUGCUCAAUUCACUGCCAUUUAGGAGUUAAAUCACUUUGUUUCUGUUUAUGCAGCCCUUGUCACAUCUCCCCUGACUUGAAUUGAUUCAAUCAGAUGUAAUCUACCUUAAACAAUUGUAUCUCUUUCUCUGUAAAUUGAACUUUAAUCACAUACAAUAGGCUCUUGCAGGGCCUAGCAAGCUAUUAACAUAGCAGGGGAUAAGAAAAUCUAAAUUAAACAGAACUUGCAAUAAAGAAAGCCUAAAUAGGGCUCUCUUUACAGGAAGUGUUUAUGGAAGGCUGUGCAAGUCACAUGCAGGGAGGUGUGACUAGGGUUCAUAAACAAAGGGAUUUAAUUUCUAAAUGGCAGAGGACUGAGCAGUGAGGCUGCAGGGGCAUGUUCUAUACACCAAAACUGCUUCAUUAAGCUAAAGUUGUUCAGGUGACUAUAGUGUCCCUUUAAGGUUACUUUACUCCAUAUACACUGUUAUAUUGUUGCAGGAAAAUGCAUUUGAAAGAAGUUCAACCGAACAUUUCCGUUACAACAAAAAUAACAAAAUGUUACGGGGUGAUGAUGAAAGAAGGGAUCUUUCUAAGUGGUGUGGUGUAGGGGUAAGAGGGAUUUGGGUAGAGUUAGGAAAACAAAGGGUUAGAGGACUUAUAGUUGAGUUUCCCUUGUCCCUAUGUGGGAAGUUAAACCAAUAGAGUGCAAGGAAUUCUGUUGCAAUUCCAAAUUAAUGUGCAAAUUUGGUUAAAAUUCCCCAAAUUCCCUUAUUUGUGUGUGUUCUGCAGUUUUUAUUUUAUCAGUAAUAAAUAAGAAGUGGUAGAUAAGCAACAUAGCAUGGGAAAUCUGGAAACACCAACGCAUUUCACAGCUACAAUCAGACUGGAGUAAUGGUCUUCCUUAACGAUUUUUCUGUUUCAUUCUAUUCUAUUACAGUCUCGGGAUCGAAAACUUGCAGGAGACCGGUUUGGGGCAGUCAGUCAUGGAACCAAAGCUCGGAAUUUCAACAUUGCUGCCACAACGCUGACUCUUCUCUUGUGUUUCAUCAUGUUCAUCCUCGUGGUUUCAGGAAUAAUUACAGCAGUGGGCAGCAUUAAUUCUCGCUAUCCAAGCAACCCCUACAAUCCAUACAAUCCUUAUCGAGGACCCCAAUGAGAUAAAGACAUUCCCCAUAUAGCUUACCCAUUACUCUUCUUGAUAUGGACACACAAGAGUUUUCUGUUUUAACAUGUUUGUAGACUGAUGGUGAAGGUCUAUCUGUCUGUACAUAGUUUUGUUUGUAAAUCUGUUUUGUUGAAGCAGAAUAAGUUUGUUACAGAAAAAAAGAAUGAAUAAUAUAUCAGCAGGUAUUCAUACAUUCGCAAGAACCUUUAACAUUGAUACACAUUAACAAAAAUGUCUGGUUAAUUUUAUGUUUUAAAUUUCGUCGCUAUGUCUGGUUAGCUCGGCAUGUGUGAUUGUGGUAAUGCAGUAAUAAUGUUGAUUCACUCGGAUGCAAUGCCUAUCUAGGUAAGUUAGUGAAAGAAUAAUGCAAAACUAUAUAAGGUCUCAAACACGCAUUAGGCAACUAAUUUAUAGGUCAGGCUGAGGUUGUUGCGUUGGGAAUAAUAUAUGGUUGGAACAAUAAACAGGCUAAUCGUGUCGUCUCGUUUAAUGUCGCUGCAGUAUGUUAGUUGUUGCCUCAAGCUAUUUGUGACUCGUUUUGUUCGCUUAUUGAUUAUUGAGUGCCCACGUAUUGAUUGAGGGUAGCAGAUUUAUAAAGACCAUAAGAACAGCUGGGCUUAUCUGUGUGAGCUGAGCAGGUGUGUUAUGUCAUGUGCAAACCAGAUUCAGUAGCCGGUGUGCUAAGCACCUGUAUGGUCUGAUCCCCUUGCUAGGUACUUCACAUUACUAGCUAAAAACACAAGAGAGUAUACAUCGUUCAGGCUAGCACUAGCGAUUAUUUAGUUAACGUUCAGGCUAUAUGGAAUAAAGCAAAACAUAAUACGCUGAGUUAAAAAGGGUGCUCAUCAAAUAAUGCCAUGCUAGAUUCCGCAUCAAGCAUAGUAUGUCUGGUAGUAAAUUUGGCAUGGGAUCAAGCCUCAUCAGUUCAUCAUACAAGCUGCGGAAGUCACCAGUCUGUCCUAAUGUGGCAGGAUAAAGGCAGGUGUCAUUUAGCCAUACGUUCCGACUCGGGUAUGUGCUGUACCAGUCCGCUUUUGUGGGUUAGUCCAUGCGCUUUCCCUGCCGACCAGGUUUGUACAUAGUUUUAUAAAGCUCAUAAACAGUUUUGACUUUAAACAUUACACAAACUCAUCAGCAUUCUUUAUUUUUUUAAUCUUUGGGCUACAUUUAAUGGCAUCUGCUUGCUAACCUCUUUAGAAGGUAUCAGGAGUACCUACCUGCAAGCAUUUUACCAAUUUGUUUAUACGUUUAAGUUGUUUGUUUCUUCAAUAAAAGUUUAAUGUAAAUAUUGGC